GGAAGUAAAACUGCCGGAAACAGAAAAAACGGCGUCUCGUUGCCCCAGGCGACAGCGUGGAGGGGCGGGCCUGUCGAUUAGAUGAACGCAGCUGCGAUUACUCCCAGCCACUAAGAACGAAGAGGUGGGGCGGCGGCGUCCCACGCACCGUGCGACAGUGGGCGGUGCUCUGUUGCCUGAGUAACCGGAUGAUGGUGUUGGUGGUGGUGUCUUCCUGUCUCAACGAUACCUAUUUUCUAGUGCUGAGAUCCUGAGACAAUGAGUCAUAGUGAAAGGUUCGUUUUCAUUGCAGAGUGGUAUGAUCCAAAUGCUUCACUUCUUCGACGUUAUGAGCUUUUAUUUUACCCAGGGGAUGGAUCUGUUGAAAUGCAUGAUGUAAAGAAUCAUCGCACCUUUUUAAAGCGGACCAAAUAUGAUAGCCUGCACUUGGAAGAUUUAUUUAUAGGCAACAAAGUGAAUGUCUUUUCUCGACAAUUGGUAUUAAUUGACUAUGGGGAUCAAUAUACAGCUCGCCAGCUGGGCAGUAGGAAAGAAAAAACGCUAGCCCUAAUUAAACCAGAUGCCAUAUCAAAGGCUGGAGAAAUAAUUGAAAUUAUAAACAAAGCUGGAUUUACUAUAACCAAACUCAAAAUGAUGAUGCUUUCAAGGAAAGAAGCAUUGGAUUUUCACGUAGAUCACCAAUCAAGGCCCUUUUUCAAUGAGCUGAUCCAGUUUAUUACAACUGGUCCUGUUAUUGCCAUGGAGAUUUUAAGAGAUGAUGCUAUAUGUGAAUGGAAAAGACUGCUGGGACCUGCAAACUCUGGGGUGGCACGCACAGAUGCUUCUGGAAGCAUUAGAGCCCUCUUUGGAACAGAUGGCAUAAGAAAUGCAGCGCAUGGCCCUGAUUCUUUUGCUUCUGCGGCCAGAGAAAUGGAGUUGUUUUUUCCUUCAAGUGGAGGUUGUGGGCCGGCAAACACUGCUAAAUUUACCAAUUGUACCUGUUGCAUUGUUAAACCCCAUGCUGUCAGUGAAGGACUGUUGGGAAAGAUACUGAUGGCUAUCCGAGAUGCAGGUUUUGAAAUCUCAGCUAUGCAGAUGUUCAAUAUGGAUCGGGUUAAUGUUGAAGAAUUCUAUGAAGUUUAUAAAGGAGUAGUGACCGAAUAUCAUGACAUGGUGACAGAAAUGUAUUCUGGCCCUUGCGUAGCAAUGGAGAUUCAACAGAAUAAUGAUACAAAGACAUUUAGAGAAUUUUGUGGACCUGCUGAUCCUGAAAUUGCCCGGCAUUUACGCCCUGGAACUCUCAGAGCAAUCUUUGGUAAAACUAAGAUCCAGAAUGCUGUUCACUGUACUGAUCUGCCAGAGGAUGGCCUAUUAGAGGUUCAAUACUUCUUCAAGAUCUUGGAUAAUUAGUGGUGUGGAAAGUAAAGAAGUCACAGGUUGGGACAUUUAGACAAGAGUGAGUCACACACAUGAGGAAUGUGUUCAUUCUUUUAUUGUCCAUUGUUUUAACCUGACUGAAUACAAGAUCAACAAGAGCACUGUACUCCUGGCAAUUAUUACAUAUGUUAGAACAUGGAUUUUGCACUGUAGACAACAUUUAACACCAGUCUAUGGGGUACUGCAUUGCUUUUUAUAAAGUUCAAAAUAAAGAUUUAUUUUCAAACAA